AGUUGAAUAACCUCAGUUUAUCUAUGCAAACACCGCAUAGAAUUGUCAUAUGUCAAGUAAAUAGUCUUCUUUGCAUCUUUUACGAACUCAAUUAGUAUUAUGAACUUUCAAUAGAUGAGAGAAAGAAACACUUCCAAUUGGGAGUAAAACAAAAAUAAUGCAUGGGCUUCUAGUUCAUAAAAUAAAAAGCCCAUCGCUGAUAUUGACAUAAUAUAAGCGUGUAACAUACGCAAUUCGCACUAUAUUAACUGUCUUCUCCGCCCUAAUUCAUUUCAUCGUCACAAUUAACCCUCAAAAUGUCGACCAGAUCUUCCGCCGCAGUGAACGGCGACAAACCACCGCGUAAGAAGAUGACGAAGCAGUCCCCGGAGAUCUCCAUUUUAUCCCUUCCUUACGAUUUGAUAUUGAAUAUCAUAGCGCGCGUGUCUAGAAUGUACUAUCCAACUCUCUCCCUCGUCUCCAAAAUGCUCCGAUCCGUCGUUGCCUCACCGGAGCUUUACCAGACCCGCUCUCGCUUAAACCUCGCCGAGAGUUGCCUCUAUCUGUGCUUACGCUACUAUCGAGACCCCCCUCUUGACCCUAACCCACAUUGGUUCGCUCUCUGCAUGAAACCAAACCGAACCCUCACCGACCGUCUUUUCAUCCCAGUCACGUCUCCCGAUGUGCGCCAUGAGCGAUCUACGGGUCUAACAUCUAAGGAUGUUAGCAUCGUAGCCGCUGGGUCUAACAUCUACAAGAUGGGCGGGUACACGCCCUCUUCUUCUGAAGUCUCGGUGCUUGAUUGUCGGUUCAACACGUGGCACAGUGCUCCGAUGAUGCGAGUGAAGCGGAGCUCCCCUGCCGCGAGCUUAGUUGACGGGAAGAUAUACGUAGCAGGAGGGUGUGAAGAUGUCAACUCCGAGAACUGGGUAGAGGUAUUUGAUCCAAAGACUCAAACGUGGGGAAGUGUGACCAAUCCUGGCGCUGAGAUACGCCCGUCAGGAGCUGAACUCGAGAGCUUUGGAAUUGAAGGAAAAUUGUACCUCUUUGGUCAUAACCGUAAGUAUGGGAUUUACGAUCCCAAGGAAGCUAGAUGGAACCCGAUGAUAGAGUUGGGUAUGGGUAUGGAUAUGGAUGUGGUUAUGGGUAUGGGUAUGGAUAUGUAUGAGGCUAUGGAUAUGGAAAUGGAUAUGAAUGGUGUGGCUUCUGCAGUGUCCUAUUUUCACUGCGUGAUAGGAGACGUCUUGUUUCUUUGGAAUGAAAGAGAGUUUAGAUGGUAUGACUUCAAGGCAAGUUCAUGGAAGAAGUUGAAUGGUGUUGAAGAUUUGCCUGAUUUUGAUGGAGAUUGUAAAAUGGUGGAUGUUGGUGGGAAGAUGGCUGUCUUGUGGAAGGUUUUUGGACGUGGCGAUGGACAUGACGAAGAGAGAUCUAUUUGGUGUGCUGAGAUUGCGCUUGAGAGGCGCGGAGACGACAUGUGGGGGAAGGUGGAGUGGUUUGAUGUCGUGCUCAAAACCCACGAGCAAUGUGGCUUGUUCGAUGCGGAUAUUCUUUCUGCUACUGUCUGAUUGAAAUGACUGCUAGCUGAUGAGAACAUGCUUGGACGGUGAUGGAAGAAUGAAGAAUCAUUCACUUGUGCUGGUGGUUUCGUUUUUGUUUUUGAGUAUUUGCUUUCUUUGAGGUAUCUCCCUUUGGUUGAUAUGCCACUCUAAUGAAUAAUUGUUUCAUGUUUUUUUUUUUUGAAAGCUUUCUUAAUAAUUGUUUCAUGUUUUUUAGCAUAAUACGAUUUUGCAUUUGUUUCACAAGUAAUGUGUUGAUGAUUUAGCUUUGCUAAUUGUGGUGGCAAUUGACCAACGCAAAGAACAUUUAUUUGUGUUUGCAUAAAAAGGAUACGCUUCAAACUACAUUGACGAGAAUAAUGAGUGGUCAGAAAAAUGGAGGUUUUGCUGUUUAAAGGUAAACCUAUCUAUAUAUUCAUGUCUUGAUCGAUCCAAAAAAAAUAGUCGUCUCUUUUCUUGACGUUGGUGAGAAAAGUAAAACAGUAAUUAAUACUAGAUUAUUAAUUAUCACGGAGCUACUAGAAUGGGGUUACUUUUAGUGUGAAAGAAUCUAUAGUUCUAUUAUCAUGAAGGGUCCUUUUCUCACUCAAUGGAAGAAGUGUGACAAGAUGCUCUCACUCGAAGGGAGUUCGGUCGUGUGGGUGAACAAAGAGAUCUUUGUUUCUUUUUUGGUUUUGGGUCAAACUUUACUUCAUUAACUUAAACGUUUAAAACUCCAUUAGAGGAGGAGGCAUUACAACAUAGGAAGGCAUCACAAGCCAAAGAAUUUGCCAUAGCAUAAGCACAACAACAAGCAAAGUGAGCAUAUAAAGCAACAAAGGAAAAGAUAGAGGAUCGAAUAGCCAGUAAGAUCCGGUGAACAUCGAAUGACCAACUCUCUGAAAGAAGGUUAGUGAGUUCUUGACAAUCUACCUUGUAGACAAGCUUAGAGAUACCCGUUGAUAUGAUCACAACCUGUGCAAACAAAAGGG